AUCACAUCCACCCUUCCUCGUCUUCUCUCUCUAAACCUCAUUCAUCUCUCUCUUACCUUCUUCGCAAAUCGCUAGGGUUUUCAUUUUGCUCUCUCGUUCGUCUCUAUAAUUCGCUCAGUUCAUUCAAUUUUCUUGCCAAUUUAGGGCCUUUUCUUAGUUUAACGUAAUUAAAUUACUUGACGCAUCGCCUUCAAUGGAGUUUAGAGGUCCUCGCAAGAGAAAUAGAUCUGAAGUUGCUCUAAAUGGAAAUGGCGGCCUUAAGAAAUCUCGUCCUGAAUUGGAGUCCUUCACAACUGGUGUAGGAAGCAAAUCAAAGCCUUGCACAAAGUUUUUCAGCACGACAGGUUGUCAAUUUGGUGAGGGGUGUCACUUUCUGCACUACGUCCCAGGUGGAUAUAAAGCUGUUUCUCAGAUGAUGAACCUUGGUAGCACUCCAGCUCCUCCACCAGCAAGGAAUGUUGCAGCUCCAUCAUCAUUUCCUGAUGGCGCAGCUUUGCAAGGAGGCAAGACGAAAAUUUGCAACAGAUUUAACUCCUCUGAAGGUUGCAAAUUUGGAGACAAGUGUCAUUUUGCUCACGGAGAAUGGGAGCUUGGCAGGCCAUCCCUUCCUUUGUAUGAAGAUCCACAUGGCAUGGGGCUUAUGGGGGACAGAAUAGGAGGUAGGAUGGAACCUCUACCAACCAGUCAUGGUGGUGCCACUAACUUUGGGGUUUCUGCUACUGCUAAAAUUAGCAUCGAUGCUUCCCUUGCUGGUGCGGUCAUAGGUAGAAGCGGUAGCAAUUCAAAGCAAAUAAGCCGUGUUACUGGGGUGAAGCUUGCCAUAAGGGACCAUGAUACAGAUUCCACCAAAAAGAACAUUGAACUUGAGGGUACCUUUGAUCAAAUCAAACAAGCCUCUGCCAUGGUUGAGGAGCUCAUAAGAAAUGUCAAGGGAGCUUCUGGACCUCCUGUCAAGCAGUCACACGGACGCGAACCUGGUGGCGGUAGCCACCACAAGACAAAGCUAUGUGAAAACUUUACCAAGGGAUCAUGCACGUUUGGAGAUCGGUGUCGCUUUGCUCACGGGGCUGAACAAUUGCGAAAAUCUGCAAUAUAAACAGCUCCACCUCCCUUGUGUUCCAUUCACCAUAUUUCUGGUUUUUUGUUGUCAUCUUGAUAUGAUCAAUCAAUGCUUAAUUUUGUAUGUGGGAUGUUUUUUGUUUGUGGUACAAAGUUCAUCGGGGUUUUCCUUUCCUAAUCUUUUUGUAAUAUGCGUUGGAUUAGCUUCAUUUAAUCUCUUUCGCUUUCAAUCUUUUUGUUUGUGGUUCAUAUCACUAUGUUGCUUUCAAUCUGAUACUCAUAAAACUAUUUGGUA